AUGCGCGGGAGUGGGGCGCGUGGAGGAGGCAUGCGGGAGUGCGCUCGGCUCGAAAUAACCCGUCGUAUUUCGGUCGAGCCGCCCCCCGCCGCCGCCCUCGCAGCGCCGCCGGCGCAGCGCGCUGGCGGCAAAAUGGAGAAGCAGUCGAGGUGGUCGGAACAGCGAUCGGAGCAGCGCGUGCAGCAGCACUCUGAGCGGCGCGAGCAAGUCGUGCAGCAGCAGGAGCGCGUGCAGCGCACCGAACAGCACUACACGCGGCAGAUGCUCACGCAGCAAGUUGAAUCUGCUGGCGACCGCUUGCCUGUCACACUAGGCAGGCCUGGUGACCCUUCUCCUCCAAUCUUUGAGCAAAUCUUCAAAAAUGCUAGAUUUGCGCAAGGAGGAAAUGCAAAAUUCGAAGGAAAACUUAGAGGCAAUCCUACUCCUGUUGUAUCGUGGACAAGAAAGAAAGCACCCCUGGUAGAGUGCAAUAAGUAUAGUAUGAGCUACAACGAACAAACCGGCGACGUGUCUUUAUUAAUUAAGCAGAUAGGCCCAGGGGAUGAAGGCGAAUAUACAUGCACGGCUCGCAACCAAUAUGGCGAAGCUAUUUGUUCCGUGUAUAUUCAGCCCGAAGGUGUCCCGGUGCCCGCACAUCAGAGCUCGCAACAACAAAGCUAUAGACACGUCAGUGAGAGCGUGGAACACAAAUCCUAUGGUACACAGGGGUACUCCACAGAACAGUCCAGACAAACACAGAAAGUCUCUUACACCAACGGCACUGACUAUUCAUCCACAGAAGAUUUCAAAGUAGACACCUUUGAGUACAGACUUUUGAGAGAAGUAUCAUUCAGAGAAACUAUCACUAAGAGAUAUGUUAAUGAAAGUGAUAUUCACAUCAGCACGGAGGUUGACAAAACGCUUGGACCAGUAUCUCCACCUAAAAUUGCACAAAAACCAAGGAAUUCCAAGUUACAGGAGGGUGCAGAUGCUCAGUUCCAGGUACAACUUUCAGGUAACCCGCGGCCGCGUGUGACUUGGUUCAAAAAUGGCCAACGGAUAGUGAACUCCAGCAAACAUGAAAUUGUUACUACACAAAAUCAUACAACUCUUAGGGUAAGAAACACACAGAAGUCUGACUCAGGCCAUUACACUUUAUUAGCUGAAAAUCCAAAUGGUUGCAUUGUAACGUCUGCAUACCUCGCCGUUGAAUCUCCUCAAGAGACUUAUGUGCAAGAUCAGAGAUCACAAUACAUCAUGGACACUCAACAAACAGGAUUUGAAGAAAGAGUAGAAAUAAGUGAAAAAGCUCUCGCUCCGCAAUUUGUAAGAGUCUGCCAAGACCGCGAUGUUACAGAGGGAAAAAUGACGCGAUUCGAUUGCCGCGUCACUGGCAGGCCUUACCCAGAAGUCACGUGGUUCAUUAACGAUAGACAAAUACGAGACGAUUAUAAUCAUAAGAUAUUAGUAAACGAGUCAGGUAAUCAUGCACUUAUGAUUACAAACGUCGAACUCAGUGAUAGUGGUGUAGUCACCUGCGUAGCGCGCAACAAGAGUGGUGAAACAUCUUUCCAAUGCAGAUUAAACGUCAUCGAGAAGGAACAGGUAGUUGCGCCAAAGUUUGUGGAAAGGUUCAGCACCUUGAGUGUACGUGAAGGUGAACCUGUAAUUUUAAACGCCCGUGCAGUUGGUACACCUACACCACGAAUCACAUGGCAGAAGGACGGCGUUCCGAUAAUACCCAAUCCAGAAUUACGAAUUAAUACCGAUGGUGGGGCCUCGACGCUGGACAUUCCGCGAGCCAAGGCGUCGGAUGCGGCAUGGUAUCAGUGCACAGCCCAGAACGUCGCAGGCUCCACAGCUACUCGGGCCAGGCUCUAUGUCGAAGUACCAAAAGAGCCACCGCCCGAGUUAAAACGUCUGCACUUGCCCCGGCCUACAAAGAUUAUCGAGCCAGAGCCUGCGCCUGGACCUGAAAUCAUUUACUUGAGGCACGUGGAAAGGGCACGACCUUACAUUCCUCCAGGUGAGGAAGAUCGAGUUUAUCCUCCGCCGCAGUUUAUUGUGCCACUCAAGAGUAUUUCACAGAUGGAAGGUGGCAAAAUUCACUUUGAAACGAGGAUAGAACCUGUCGGCGACCCAACGAUGAAAAUCGAAUGGUUGAAAAAUGGACAAAGUAUCGAAGCCAGUUCUAGGUUUACAUCCAUAUUCCGCUUUGGAUAUAUUUCUCUUGAUAUGCUCAGUCUAAACAUUCAAGAUAGUGGAGAAUACACUUGCAGAGCUAUUAGUGCGACGGGUGUUGCGGAAACUAAAGCUGUGCUACAAGUAACUCCACGAGCAACUAUUGAAAGAACGAGUCAACAUCCAGAAAGUUUGCAAUACAUCCAACAGUUGGAGGAUUAUUCGAGGUAUCAACAUCAAGAGUCAAUAGAAGAACAAAUUUCACAGAGGCCUCAAUUUAUUAGGCCAUUGCAAGAACUUGGUGAAUUACAAGAAGGCAGAAAUGCUCAUUUUGAAGCACAACUGACUCCUGUCAGUGACCCUACGAUGAGAGUAGAGUGGUACAAAGAUGGCAGACCAAUUACAGCUAGCUCGCGAAUCACGUCAAUCUUCAACUUCGGUUACGUCUCCCUUAACAUCAUGCACCUACGGGCUGAAGAUGCAGGUUCGUACACAGUGAGAGCUGUAAAUAAAUUAGGGGAAGCCAUUAGUACUGCUUCUAUCAGAGUAGCUGCCAGGAGUACAGUUACAGCAGAUCUUGGUAUACCAGAACAGCGACGAUACAUUGAAAAGACUGAGCAAUUGGAAGCAUAUCAACAACAGCAACAUCAAAAGUAUUAUCAGGAAGCUCCUGAGAGUACGCAGCGACCUGAGUUCAAAACACCAAUCAAAGAUCAGAUAAAUAUUAAAGAAGGUGGGUUUGCUCAUUUUGAAGCUCGCCUUGAACCAGUAGGCGAUUCAACUUUGAGAGUGGAAUGGUUAAAAGAUGGACGUCCUGUAGAAGCUAGUUCCAGAAUUACUACAUUCUUCAACUUUGGAUACGUAGCAUUGACUAUAAAAUCCGUAACCAUACAUGAUGCUGGUCACUACACUUGCCGAGCCUAUAAUGCUUUGGGCCAGGCUACCACUAGCGCCAAUCUUACCAUUGUGACCAGGAAAGAUAUAAUUGCGGAAUCGCAGCAUCCAGGAGGAUAUGAGAAAAUUCAACACCUUGAAGAUUCUACUAGAUAUUCAAGACGCGCAGAAGAGGAAGUGAAGGUUACGCAAAAGCCUCGAUUUUUGGGACCACUUAAGGGCACUAAUAAAAUAGUAGAAGGACAAAGUGCUCACUUUGAAGCAAGAGUUGAACCACAGAGUGAUUUGACUAUGACUGUAGAGUGGUACUUCAAUGGAAAACAAAUCAAGAGUGCCAAUCGUAUUCAGACAUACCAUGAUUUUGGGUAUGUAGCGUUGGAUAUCGCUAGUGUCCGCUCCGAUGACACCGGUGUUUACACAGUUGUAGCUCGCAAUGCAGCUGGAGAAGCUCAAUUGAGUGCUUCAAUGACUGUCGAAACACGUUCAAGUAUUGAUACAUCAAGUAUUCACCGUGGCCUAUAUGAAAAAACUCGGCAUAUUGAAGAAUCCAAAUUUGUCGAGCCCAUGUACGAAAUAGAAGAAAUUUCUAAGUCGAAACCGGUAUUCGUACAGCCAUUAUCCGAUCCAGCCCCAAUAUCUGAAGGCAAAAAUAUUCACUUAGAGUGCAGGUUGGAACCAAUGGGUGAUCCGACCAUGCGUGUUGAAUGGUUCCACAAUGGCAGAGCUGUAACAGUUGGCUCCAGGUUUAGGACUUACUAUGAUUUUGGAUUUGUUGCACUGGAUAUUAUCCAUGCUACAUCCACAGAUUCUGGAGAAUACACAGUUCGCGCUGUUAACCACUUAGGUUCCGCUCACACUUCUGCUAUGGUCCGUGUUAUUGAGCGAUCGGAUAUUUUGACUGACACUCAAAAUGAACAAGCUGUCGAACAAAUACAAAUGCUGGAAGACGCGGCACGUAGAUCGCGCCAAGUGCAUGAAGAUAUAACAGUCAGGCAGGCACCUCAGUUUUCAAGAGCUCUACAUAAUAUUGAGACUGUGGAAGGAACUAAUGUACAUUUGGAAUGUAGACUACAGCCUGUUGGUGAUCCAGCCAUGAAAGUAGAAUGGUUCUGUAACGGAAGGCCAAUCAAAACAGGACACAGGUUUAGGCCAGCUUACGAGUUCGAUUACGUGGCUCUAGAUUUAUUAAGUGUCUAUCCAGAAGAUUCUGGUGUUUAUACAUGCCAAGCUACAAAUCAACUAGGUGAAGCAGUAACAUCGUGUGCUUUGCGUGUUAUUGCUAAAAAGGAUCUUAUAUUCGAAUCUCAACACCCCUCGGGCCUCGAGAAAAUUCAAUACUUGGAAGAUGCCUCACGUUACAAGAAGAGCGAGGUGGUUGAUGAAUCUAUUAACAUAAAACCACGCUUUAUUACAAAACCCAAAUCAAUUGAUAACGUUGUUGAAGGUCAUCAUGUACAUUUUGAGUGCAAACUUGAACCAGUUACCGAUUCGAACCUAAAAGUAGAAUGGUUUAAAAAUGGACAGCCUGUAACUAUUGGUCAUAGAUUCAGACCCAUUCAUGACUUUGGUUACGUCGCACUGGACAUUAUUGAUUUAAUUGCUGAAGACUCUGGUAUUUACACAUGCAGAGCUGUCAAUUUACUUGGCACAGAUGAGGUUAGUUGCAGAUUAACUUGCCGUAGCACUGCGGACAUAAUAAGAGCAACACAAAAUGAGGCUGGUCUCAACCAAAUUCAAGUAUUGGAAGAUAGGUCUAAAUAUCAUAGGACAGAUUAUGUCGAUGAAGUGACAACACAGGCGCCCAUAUUUACAACUUCAUUGAAAAAUAUUGAAAUCAAAGAAGGUCAGAGAGCCCACUUCGAGUGUCGACUUAUACCUGUUUCUGAUCCAACCAUGAAAGUAGAAUGGUACCAUAAUAACAAACCUUUGAAGAGUGGGUCAAGAUUUACAGAAACUAACAACUUUGGGUUUGUUGCUCUAGAUAUCAUGUCUUGUUUACCCGAAGACUCAGGAACAUACACUUGUCGAGCUAUUAAUGCUCUUGGUGAAGCAGUUACCUCCGGAAUUGCUAUUGUACAUUCUAGGAAAUCUAUCUAUUUAGAAUCACAGCAUGAAGGUGCUCUUCCAAGAUUGAACCAAUUGGAAGAUACUUCUAGAUAUCAAAGACACAGCGCUCAAGAUGAAACUAUAACGCAAGCACCUGUGUUUACUAUGCCUAUGAAGGAUAUAAGAGUUGCUGAGAACCAAGCAGCGCACUUUGAGGCUAGACUUAUACCUGUUGGGGAUCCGAAACUCCGAGUGGAGUGGUUACGUAAUGGUGUUCCCAUUGAAGCCUCAAAUCGUUUGACGACUAUGCACGAUUUCGGCUACGUAGCCUUGAACAUGAAAUACGUUAAUCCGGAGGAUUCUGGCACAUACACAUGCCGAGCUAUCAAUGAAUUAGGAGAAGCUGUUACUUCAUCUACUCUGUUUGUACAAUCUAAAGCUUCACUUCAGCUUGAGUCUCAGCACGAGAGUGCUUUAGAAAAAAUUCAACAGUUGGAAGAUUCUUCUCGCUAUCAACGUAGAGAAGACGUGGAAGUAGCUGUUAACCAGGCUCCACGAUUCAUAACACAGUUGAAUGGACCAUCGAAGCUUGUAGAAGGUCAAAGUGCUCAUUACGAAUGCCGUAUUGAGCCUUAUCCCGAUCCAAACAUGCGUGUCGAAUGGUACUUCAAUGGAAAGGUCUUACAAAGUGGGCACCGCUAUCGUACAGCGUACGAUUUUGGUUUCGCUGCACUAGACAUAUUAUCAGUGUACGGAGAAGACUCUGGUGAAUAUACAUGCAAGGUUAUUAACAACUUAGGACAAGCAACAUCGUCUAUUAAGCUGAAUGUGCAGUCGAAAGAGUCUAUUAUAAGAGACACGCAACACGAAAGUGCUCUCGAAAAGAUUCAGUACCUAGAAGACGAUAGUAGAUACAAGCGUGUAGUCCGUGAUGAGAGCUUUGUGGCAGAAAAGCCACAAUUUGGCAAACCUCUGAAAAAUGCAGAGGUCUCUGAGGGCAAACCAGUCCACCUGGAAGCUACACUCACGCCAGUGAAUGACCCUACCAUGCGUGUGGAAUGGUACUGUAAUGGCAGGCCUAUCCAACAAGGUCAUCGGUUUAAGACUACAUACGAUUUCGGUUAUGUAGCGUUAGAUAUUUUGUAUGCCUAUUCAGAAGAUAGCGGCACGUAUAUGUGCAAAGCUACUAAUGCUGUUGGUGAAGCUGUAACCACAAGCUCUGUGAAAGUAGAUGCUAAAGCGGGUCUUUACUUAGACACAUUAGACGAACAGCGCCUGAGAAAGAUUCAAGAAUUAGAAAAUUAUGAGAGACCUAAACCAGUUCAAGAAGAACAACCAGGCCAAAGACCAGUUUUCUUGACUGCUCUUACAAGUUUGGAAAAUUUGAAAGAAGGAGACCGAGCUCAUUUCGAAUGCAGAGUAGAGCCAAUUAAUGAUCCCGAUCUAAAGAUUGAAUGGUUCCUCAAUGGUCAAAAAAUAAGAGCUGGUCACAGGUAUAGAACAACCCACGACUUCGGUUACGUAGCAUUAGAUAUUCUGUACUCUUACUCUGAAGAUUCGGGCACAUACAUGUGUAAGGCCACUAAUAAACUUGGCGAAGCAGUUAACACAUGCACGUUGAAGGUUGCAGGGCACAGGAGUAUAAUAUUAGACACUCAGCAUCCAAAUGGUUUGGAAAAGAUAAGACAGCUUGAAGCACAAGGUCAUCACACUAGGAUGGAAGUUGAAGAACCUAAGAUAAGUCCACCUAGAUUUGUUACGGAGUUACGGGGUACUACCCAUGUCUUCGAGGGCCAAACAGCUCAUUUUGAAUGCCAGGUAGAGCCCGUGCACGAUCCCAACCUAAGGAUUGAAUUUUAUCAUAACGGCAAAGCCCUGCAAUCUGCCGCACGGUUCCAUAUCACUUUUGAUUUUGGUUACGUGUCAUUAGAUAUUCAGCAUUGUGUUCCUGAAGAUGCUGGUGAAUAUUCAGUAAAGGCCAUCAAUGCUCUAGGACAAUGUACAUCUUCGAUAUCAAUGACAGUAACCGCAAAAGGAAGCAUUAUAUCGGAAUCUCAACGUCCAGAAGGCUUGGAAAAAAUCCGUGAAUUAGAAUCUGCAGAACCGUUCAAACGACCUGAGAUCCCGGAACCUGUUACACGCCAAAGACCUGUAUUUACACAACCUCUCCAAAACAUUGACAACAUUCAAGAGGGUCAAACAGCGCACUUUGACUGUCGCCUUAUCCCAGUCGGAGACCCAACACUGAAAGUUGAAUGGUUCAGGAACGAAAAACUUAUUGAAGACAGUUCAAGAAUAACAAAAACUCACGACUUCGGAUACGUUUCAAUGACUAUCACCCAUGUUCGUGAUGAAGACGAAGGAGUUUACAUGUGCAGAGCUUCGAAUCUUUUAGGAGAAGCUGUAACAACUGCUGCUAUGAGAAUAAAAACUAAAGCAGCCAUCCAGAUGGACACACAACAUCCAGAAGGUAUGAAGAAAAUCCAACAACUUGAACAACCACAGCAAAGAAGACCAGACGAACCUGAGCGCGAGUUUGAGAAGCCAAUCUUUACUCAGGUUCUGACAGGACCUUCUGAAUUAUGGGAAGGCCAACACGCUCAUUACGAAGCACGUGUUGUUCCGGUUGGAGACCCAAGCUUACGAUUCGAGUGGUACAUUAAUGGAGUGGAACUUAAGAUGGGUUCGAGAUUCCGCACAACUCAUGAUUUCGGAUUUGUAACACUAGACAUCAAUUCAGUUGUAGCUGAAGACGCUGGUCUUUACAUGUGCAAGGCUAUAAACAAGGCUGGAAGUACAGUGUCGUCCGCAGCAUUAAAGGUUAAGACUAAGUCUACCAUUGUUGACCAGGCCAUGAGACCAGAGGCUUGGGAGCAAAUACAACUGAAGGAGGCUGCUAUGAAUAAAGUACCAGAAAUGUUUGUUGACUCCGGAGUACAACAGGCACCUAUUUUCACAACACAUCUUAAGAGCUACGACAAACUUGUUGAAGGACAACAUGUUUAUUUGGAGGCUCAAGUAGAACCACGAACCGAUCCUAAUUUGAGAAUCGAAUGGUUCAAAAACGGCAUGUCUUUAACUACCGGGUCAAGAUUGAAGAGUACAUUUGAUUUUGGCUUAGUAACUCUUUCUAUUAACAGCGUACGAAUUGAUGAUUCGGGAAUUUAUACUUGCAAAGCUACCAAUCUUAUGGGUGAAGCUGUUUCAACUGCAUCUAUAAAAGUUGAAGAUCGCCACUGGCUACUUGGUGAAACUCUUCAUCCUGAAUCUUUAGACAGGAUUGGCGCGUUAGAGCAGCCUAAAUCAAGUAAACCUGAAGCACCUGAACCAGUUUACGAAAUUCCUGUAUUUAUUUCACAUCUGAAUAAUAUUCUGUGUAAAGAAGGUGACAAUAUUCACUUUGAAUGUAACGUGGAACCAUCGAGAGAUCCUACGCUUAAAAUAGAAUGGUUCUUUAACAAUAAACCCUUGCCAUCUGGUUCGAGAUACAAGAGCACACACGAUUUCAGCUAUGUUUCUCUAGAUAUUACUCACACUUAUGAAGAAGAUUCUGGAAUUUACACAUGUAAGGCAACGAACAGCAAAGGUUCAGCCACAACAUCUGGUUCUCUAAGAUGCACCGGUGAUAAAAACAUAUAUUUCGAUACACAGCACCCACAAGGAAAAGCUGGAUUGGAAGCUGUGGAACAGGCUGAAGAGGCAAGAUUGUCGAAAUCAAGAAGAACAUCAGUACCCGAUGUUGAAUACCCCAAACCAGAGUGGGUAGUACCAGUAGCCCCAGAACAUCAGUUGAUUGAAGGCCAAGCGUUGCACCUUGAGGGACAGGUUGAACCUAAAAACGAUCCAAACCUUAAAAUUGAAUGGUAUUUCAAUGGAAAGGUUUUGGAGCAAGGUUCUAGAUUUAAGCUUACAAGUGACUUUGGUUUUGUAACAUUAGAUGUGACUGAUGUUUAUGAAAGAGAUAGUGGAAUAUACACAUGUAAGGCUUACAAUAAGAAGGGUGAAGCAUUUACAUCGUCAACAAUAUUCUGUACCAGCAAAGAAAACCUUAUUGAAAGGACACAACAUCCUAAAGGUACUGAGGGAUUGGAAAAGAUUCAAAACCUUGAAGAUUCCCUUCGUAGAGAACCAGGCCAGGCACCUGAUGAUGACACAGGCCGGCCUCCGGAAUUCGUUACUGUUUUCGAGGAUAUCGUUGACAUUAGUGAGGGACAAAUAGCUCACUAUGAAGCAUCUCUUAUACCUACCGGUGAUCAAAGUAUGGUUAUCGAGUGGUUCUAUAACGGAAAAACAAUUGAAGCUAGUCACCGUAUCCGUACUGUUUACGCAUUUGGUAUGGUAGUACUAGAAAUACUUGGAACUAAAACAACCGAUUCUGGUGUGUACUCUUGUAGAGCUACAAAUAGAUGGGGACAGGCUGAAAUAAGUGUCAAAUUAGAAUGUGUUGAUAAGAGCAAAGGACAGAAACCAAGAUUUACUACACAUAUUCAAAAUGUUGAAGGUUUGAAAGAUGGCCAAUCAGCUCACUUUGAAUGUACUGUUGUACCUGUCGAUGACCCUGAUUUGAAAAUUGAGUGGUAUCAUAAUGGUCAACCAUUACGUCACUCAAAUAGAAUCAAAAUGGUUUCUGACUUUGGAUUUGUAGUGCUAGAUAUAGCUUACACCCAAAAUCAUGACACAGGAGAAUAUGUUUGCCGAGCUUAUAAUAAAUAUGGCGAAGACUUCACUAAGGCUACAAUAACAUGCUUUGGAAGAAGCGGAGUUUAUCUUGACAGUCUGCAGCCUGAUUCUUUAGCUAAGAUCAGAGAAUUAGAAAGUUUACAAGGUAGUCAACAGCAAGCGCCUGCACCUGCAUCUGCUGUACCACCAAAGUUCAUUACUCAAAUUCAAGAUGUUACUAAAUUAGUGGAAGGCCAAAGUGCACAUUUCGAAGCACGAUUAGUACCAGUUGACGACCCUGAUCUUAAGGUUGAAUGGUUCUACAAUGGCAAAAAGUUACCGCAUGGCCACAGGUACAGAACAUUCCACGAUUUUGGUAUUGUUAUAUUGGAUAUUUUGUACUGCUAUGAAGAAAAUUCGGGCGUCUACGAAUGUGUGGCCACGAACAAAUUAGGCCGAGACUCUACCAAGGCUACAUUGAAAUGUACUUCGAAGGAGAAUUUAAUCCUGGACUCGCAACUACCGCGGGGCAUGGAAGGUGGAUUGGAGAAACUACAAACUCUUGAGGACUCAAUGGUACGCAGAAAAGAUGUCAAAGAGGACGAAGAGCGAGGCAAAGCACCAGUAUUCACAGUACCACUAUCAAACAUCGAUAAUUUGCGGGAAGGAGAAAAUUCUCACUUUGAAGCGAGGUUGACACCUACUGAUGAUCCUAACUUGAAGGUCGAGUGGUACUGGAAUGGUAAAUCUCUCAAAGCAGGCUCCAGAUUCAGAACAUUCUGUGACUUUGGAUUUGUAAUUCUUGAAAUAUCGCCGACAUACCCUGAAGACUCUGGUGAAUAUCUAUGCAGGGCAUAUAAUAACUAUGGAGAGGCUGUAACAACAGCUACCAUGAAAGUACAAGGUAAACGAAAUAUUAUUUUGGAGUCACAGUUGCCUAAAGGUAUGGAGGGCACCAUUGAUAAAAUUGCUGCUCUGGAGGGAUACACAGGCACAGUCGAUUCCAUGACUCCAGAAGCUGAGACUGGCAAUCCACCAGAAUUCACUACAACUCCUUCUGAUUUGAUUCUAUCAGAAAACUCAUCGGCUCACUUUGAGUGUCGUCUCAUUCCUAUUAAUGAUUCGAGCAUGAGAGUUGAAUGGUUCCAUAACGGCAAGCCACUUUUGACUGGAUCUAGAGUCAAGACCAUCAAUGACUUCGGUUUUGUUAUAUUAGAAAUAGCUGGUGUAUAUCAACGGGACGCAGGUCUUUACACUUGCAAGGCCACUAACCGACACGGAGAAGCGACAGUUUCAUGCAAAUUGCAAGUGAAGGGAAGACAAGGUAUUAUUUUGGAACCACAAUUGCCAUCUCACUUCAAAUCUGGUACCGAAAGCAUCCAGAAAUUAGAAGAAACCUUGCACAAGCGUGAAGAAAUUACAAUAGAAGAUGAAAAACCUAACCCACCUAAAUUCACAGUAGAAAUUAAGGACAACCUUGAUGUUGUUGAAGGUGGUCCUAUUCACUUUGAUUGCCGGGUAGAGCCAGUUGGUGACCCAACUAUGAGAAUUGACUGGUUCCACAAUGGCAGACCAUUCGCUACCGGAUCUAGAGUACAUAUGCUCAAUGAUUUUGGCUUUAUUGCUUUGGACAUUGAUUACAUAUAUGCCCGUGACGCUGGAGAGUAUGUUUGCCGCGCUACCAACAAAUGGGGCUCUGCAACAACUACGGCAAAGAUAACCUGCAGUGCUAAGCGCGACAUUGUAUUGGAAUCUCAGCUACCACAGGGUAUGAGCGGAGAGAAAAUCAAAGAACUUGAGAGAGGACGUAUUAGUGACGCGCCAAAGGAAGAACCUGUUAUAAACACUCCACCUAAGUUCAUUACUCAGAUUCAAUCGCACACGGUUGAGGAAUCGGAAAGCGUACGAUUUGAAUGUCGUGUGGAACCUAAAGAAGAUCCAAAAUUACGUAUUGAGUGGUACCGCAAUGGAAAACUUUUACCUUCUGGUCAUAGGUACCGUACAGUUUACGAUAUGGGAUUCGUUUCAUUGGACAUAUUGUACGUUUAUGCUGAAGAUUCUGGUGAAUAUGUUUGCCGUGCAGUGAACGAUAUCGGCGAAGAUUUUACCAAGGCAACAGUAUCAUGUAAACAACUGCCAGACAUUAUCCUGCAAAACCAAGUGCCACGAGGUAUGAAGAAAUCUGAAGCUUUGACCCAAAUGGAAGCUACGAUUAAGAAAUACACUUCCGAAAUCUUUUUGACUGAAGAUGACCUGUAUGAUGCUGAUAAGAAACAACCACCACGUUUCGUCACACAAAUUGAAAGUCAAACCACUUUAGUAGAAAUGGAAUCUACAAAGUUUGAAUGUCAGUUGGCACCAGUUGGUGACCCUAAUAUGAAAGUGGAAUGGUUUUUCAAUGGAAAGCCUUUGUUGCACAAGAACCGUUUCACACCGAUUUAUGACUUCGGAUAUGUGGCGAUGAACUUUGGCUGGGUUUAUCCCGAAGAUAGCGGUGAAUAUCUUUGCCGAGCUACCAACUUGUACGGUAUGGAUGAAACUCGGGCAAUUAUAAAGACAGCUGGUAAACCGGGUAUUGUCUACGACUCUCAAUUGCCCAAACAUAUGAAGAGUAUAGAAAAGAUAAGAGAAAUGGAAGCUGCAUGGCAAACGGUUCCUGAACAAGCGCCAGAAGAAUCUAAAGCUAGAUCACCACCUGUUUUCGUAAGCCGUCCAGAACCAGUAACUGUUGAAGAAGGCGAGUGGGCUCGCUUCUGCUGUCGUGUCACUGGACAUCCUAAGCCUCGAGUGAUGUGGCUUAUCAACGGCAACACCAUUGUUAAUGGUUCUCGAUACAAAUUGACAUACGAUGGAAUGUACCACUUUGACAUACCCAAAACCAGACAAUACGAUACUGGUAAAAUUGAGGUUAUCGCCAGAAGUUCAGCUGGCGAAGCGUUAGCUUCGACGGAACUAAAAGUAAUUCCGAGACAUGACGACUACAGAGGUGUUUUGAAGAAUGCUCCACGACCAUGGUAUGAUGAAACAACGCAAUAUCAGCGCUCUGAAACUGAGCUGGAGAAAACAUUUGAAGAAAGACAAGUGUUGCAGAGACAAGGUGUUAUUGAUCACAGGCCUGAGUUAAAACCCAAAGUAAUUAAAGAACCCGAAACAGAAUGGCAGCAAACAGUUAAGAAGAAGAAGAGCGAAGAGUACUACAACAAACUACAGGAAUUAGAAAAUGAACAAGUUAUUAAGGAAAGUCGCUUCAGAGAGUCAACUCACCAAUAUGCAAUCCCUGGAGAAAAAAUCACCAGCAGUUCUCUUGCUAAAGGCAUGGCUCAGAAAUAUGAGGACACUUUAGAACAAACUGAAGUUUCUGCUGAACAAGUACAGAAGAAGACUGUAGCAAAACCCAAAAUACCAGGACCUUCUGAAUCUACCGUUCACGGCAAAGAAGUACAUGUUGCUAAACAGAAACAAAUUCAGAAGGAAGUAGUAGGAGAUACUGAAAUUACUCGUAAAAUAACUUCUACUGAGACAACUGAAAUGGAACACAAGGCUCAAACGCAAGAAAGAGUCGUGGAAGGACCCGUGAAACCUAGUCAACCUCCAGUUUUCACCAAAAAAAUGCAACCCUGCCGAGUGUUUGAGCAUGAACAAGCCAGAUUCGAGGUUGAGUUUGAUGGUGACCCGUUACCAACAAUUAAAUGGUACAGAGAGAAUUUCCCGAUUAAAAAUUCUGCAGACUUCCAGAUUCACACUUUCAGCACUAAAUCAAUUCUGAUAAUUAGGCAAGUCUUUAUCGAAGAUUCUGCCGUUUUUGCUGCAGUAGCUGAGAAUCGUGGUGGAACUGCAAAAUGUAGCGCUAAUUUAGUGGUCGAGGAGCGCAGGCGCCAGGGAAGAGGAGGUGUUGCUCCGCCCAGUUUUACAUUAACUGCCCAAAAUGUUAAUGUGACAGCUGGUCAACUGGUACGAUUUGAUACAAAAGUAACUGGGACAAAGCCUAUUGAUGUUUAUUGGCUUAAGAAUGGUAAAAAAGUCCAACCAGACAUAAGAAAUAAGAUUCUAGAAGAAGACGGCACGUAUACUCUUCUAAUUCUCGAAGCUUAUCCUCAAGAUUCGGGAAAAUAUGAAUGUGUUGCUAUUAACAGCGCUGGAGAAGCACGAUGUGACGCUGAGUGUUCUGUUAAUGCUCCUGCUACCAAAGAAAAACCAAAACCUCAAACUAAAGCCACUAAUGCGCCUCCUGAGAUUAUUGAGCCAUUGAAAGAUAAGAUUGUUACCGAGGGUCAAGCAAUUGAAUUCAGUUGUAAGAUUGUUGGAAAGCCAGCCCCAACAGUGCAAUGGUACAAAGGGGAGAAACUGAUCAAACCUUCUAAGUACUUCCAAAUGUCUCGAACAGCUGAUGAGUACACGCUUCGUAUAUCUGAAGCUUUCCCCGAAGAUGAGGGUGAUUACAAAUGCGUUGCUUAUAACUCGGCUGGCCGUGUAACUGUAGCCGCAAAACUAAAAGUGACUCAACCGGAUCAGGCCGAGAAUUUACCAACUUUAACACCUCUCCGAGAUCUAGUUGUCUACGAAGGUCAACCUGCCCAAUUCAAAACUCAUAUAACAAGCAAAGUCAAGCCGACUAUUCAAUGGCUUCGAGAAGGUGCUCUUAUACCUGAAACCCCAGAUUUCCAGAUGAUCCACGAAGGAAACAACGCUGUGCUGCUGAUCGGAAACACGUACGAGGAAGACACAGGCACCUUCACCUGUCGGGCAACGACCGCCGCCGGCCAAGUCGAGACUUCGGCAAAACUAGUCGUCAAAAGUAAGACAUAGAUACAGGCAGCGAGCUCGCGUCGCGCACUUUUAAUCCAUUAAUGUAGUGUUUCUUUGUUUCAUCUUUAUAUCACUUUGAGAUCGGGUGAAAACUACUAUAUAAAGUUAAACUCAGAAAGUUGACAUGCGAGGAUAAAAUAAAUUAUAUGGCUUUAAAAUCGUAGCGGUUACCGCAAUAACGACUUACGUCCGCUUAAACACACCCCCACGAUCACCAUCUUGACAAUAUGACACAAAUGAUUUGAGUUUAGGUUACUUGUAAAAAGUCUUCACCUUAUAAAUUAUAGUUCGCGCGAAUUAUUAUAUAUAAUGCACAUUUGAUGUGUGUAGCUUUGCCGCAAAACCAUAGCGGUGAACUUGUUUUAUCAUGGUAUAAAAGAGAACAUUGUUUAAGAUAUUGCCUGCAUUUGUAAAUAUAGUAUACAACCUCCUUUUACCUUAUUUCAAUUUGAAAAACAUUUGACCUUAGAGACUGAAAAGGCCAAGUUUUAAGACCAUGAGUAUCACUUUCCUAUACAUAAUUUAUCUACAGAAGUAAACGAUAUAAUUAACUAAAAAACUUGUUUGUGUUCAUACUUAACUGAACUUUCAUAAAGUAGUGUGUUGUAAACUUAUUUACCAACCUUACCCAGUAAUUAAUGCACGUUAUAUCUAGGACACAAACUGUGCUGGCAAAGAAUGAACGAAAAGCCCUUUUUGAGAAAAGAGUGCGUUGAAAAAAUAACGAGCAUGCUCACGAUUUAUAAAUCGAUUCCAUAAUUUAUUUGGGUACAUUAAUGUAUAAAAUAUUUCUAUGUUUAAGACUUUUCUUUCAUACCAGAAUAACAAAAGUUCGCCGUUGUGUUAUGAGGACAGAGCAGCACAUGCAAAAUCUAACAUAAAUGCAAAUCGAUUCGAUUGUAAAUUUAACUCGUAGUACUAUUUGGGCGAAUUUCCGCAUCUAACAUCGCUGUAUAUUUAAGCUUUUUGUGUACAUAGUCUAGUCUUACCAAGAGGCAGGCGACCAAUGAAGAUCAUCGAGCGACGGCAAGGAGCUUCGAUAUAGUUGGACACACGUAACUGUGAUUAACAUGAACACGAGACAUUUUACGACUGUUUUGUUUUGCUUUUACCGCUACGAUGUUUACUAAAUGUAAAUGUAUACUUUGACCGAUUCUACUGUAUAUUAGAAUACAUUGCGUUAUACUUAAAAAAGACGCGUCUUCGAUAAAACAUCAAAUGUAUUUUUCACCCAAUACUCAUUCAUAAUAAUUUAUUAUAAGCCUGCUAUAGUUAAUGAAUUAUUUAUUUGGCCUUAUUAACCAUAAUCAGUUAAAACUUUUGAUGCUUUUUGUGUUGAGAUCUGUUCAGCUAUUCUGUAUAAACUCACUAUCGAGUUCAACAAUAUCUACAUCCGCUUAAAUACAUGUCUAUUGAACGUCACUUAUUCUAUUUACAGCGGAUAUUCAAAUAACUCGUUUAGUGAUUUUAACGAAAUGCCUGACUGACUUGUGAAUCUUAUGAAAAUGAUCUUGAUAUUGUUUGUCUAUUAUAAAGGUCAUUUCAUAUGAAUUUCACAUUAUGAGAUAGUUAUUGAAACUCGGACUUAGUACGUAGUUUUUCACUAUUUAUUUUGAAAUAUGUCGAAUAACAUGUCGAUACCAAAAUUAGUCCCGGUUUCAAUGUUUAACCUUGUCUAAGCAUGUAUCACUGUUUGUACCGUCCGAUUUAGAUUUUUGGCAUUACUCUUAAGUAAAUCACAGCUAACAAUGAUGCACGUGGGGUGCGCGCCCGUGCCCUCACCUGAUGUAACCUAACAGCUACGACUAACUUUGUCAGUGUCAUGGCGUAUCGUAGGGUAAAGUCUAUGUCAAGGUUUCCGAUAGUGAGUGACCCAUUACGGGCACUGGAUGGGAGGGGGAGGGUCGUUUUCGCGGGCCACAAAGUUAAUCGUGGUUGUUUAUCUCGCCAUGCCUUUAGAUCCGCUGUCAACUCUUCUAUGACAAAGAAACAUAAAGUUAGUGUACUAAGUCGCUCACCCUGCGACUCACCACUCUACCUAAAGUACGCACGUGCCUUGCCAGUUUCUAUGUUUUGACAACACUGCCGAUAUUGAUCACCUAAUUUUUGCAAGUACAAAUCCAAAUUGAAUGAGAUUUUAUAGUUUAACGUUACAGUGAUCUUUAACUUAGUUUGUUUUAAGUGCACGAUAUUGUUAAAAUUAAAAAUUGUGUUGUAUGUUUCACCUAAUUGUAUUAAGUUAUUAGGCGUGGCAGUAUUUUAUGACUAAAUGAAUUCUUAGACUAUUUUAAUAAUAAUAAUAUAUUUAUGACGUAAAAUUUUGUAUGUUACCUUUAUGUGAAAUCUGUUUAAUAAAUGCUAUAAAUUAAUAA